AUGCAUGAUGAGAUGGAGUCACUUGAAAAGAAUCAUACUUGGAAAUUGGUGGAAUUGCCAAAGGAGAAGAAACCUAUCCGUUGCAAGUGGAUUUUCAAAAGAAAGGAAGAGCGAGUAGUGUCGUGGGUAGUGGAAGGUAAGCCUACGGACGACGAUCCUCAGCCCUCCGUCGCUGAUCGAUCCGACGGCCCUCGUUCCUCCUCGAUUCCUCCGCCGACGGCCGGCCACGCCUCGCCGUCGUCUUCCCCUUCUCACUCCACACCACCUACCCGAGAGGAGGAGGAGGAAGGAAUCCAUCCUCUCGAUCGGCGCCUUGUGGCUGCUGCCCCGCUUCUUCGACCCAGUUGCGUGGCCAUGGCGGAGGAGAAGAAGCCCGUUCUCUACAGCGCGUGGAUCAGCUCCUGCUCCUACAGGGUCCGGAUAGCCCUCAACCUCAAAGGUAUUGAUUAUGAGUACAGGGCAGUGACACGGAGUGAUGCAGAUUAUGAAAAGAUCAAUCCAAUUAAGUAUGUGCCAGCAUUAGUAGAUGGGGAUUUCACUGUCUCUGACUCUCUUGCAAUCAUAUUAUUAUUCUUGCUUUCUGUUGAGCAGUAUCUUGAAGACAAAUAUCCCCAGCAUCCUCUUUUACCUCAAGAUCUCAAAAAGAAAGCUCUUAACAUGCAGAUUGCAAAUAUAGUGUGUUCAAGCAUCCAGCCUCUUCAAUGCUAUGCUGUAAUUGUGGGUUUAGCUGAUGGCAAAAUGAGCGCUAGUGAGAGCCUUCAGAUAGUUCAUCAUUACACCGACAAGGGAUUUAGAGCAAUUGAAAAACUUCUGGAAGGAUGUGACAGUAAAUAUGCUACUGGAGAUGAAGUCCAAUUGGCAGACGUAUUUCUAGCGCCCCAGAUCCAUGCAGGCGUAACACGCUUCCAAAUUGAUAUGUCAAAAUACCCAAUUCUGAAGAGAUUUUAUGAGGCAUACAUGAAGCUUCCAGCAUUUCAAGUUGCGGUCCCUGAAAACCAACCAGAUGCAUCGUCCUCGUUGUAACUGAAGUUGUGGAAGUCUACAUUGGCUCGCCUCCAAGAGUUAUACCCACAUCACGCAUUUCAAACUGCACUUCAAAACCAACCAAAUGCGUUCUAUCUCAAGCUCUCAACAACCAGGAUUCCGCGAGCCGUGUACGUUGAUAUUCAUGUAAAUUUAGUUAAUAAUUUGGAUGAGUAGUCAGUGUUUCCUUUAUUCUCCAGUGCCAUACAUGUAAUUUCAGAGUAAAAUGCUCCGUGUAAACUAGAUAGUGUGACAUGAAAAAUACCUGUGACCCAUACCUAACAUUAUCGAGGGAUAUUAACAGGAGCUUGAUGUUGCUGUAUAUGUAAUUGAAUAAAACAAAAAGAUAGUGAGUCUAAAUGCCUUAUCUGAACUCCAGAAACCAGAUGCAAUAUGUGAUUUGUCCAUUGAUGAUGCACAUAUACGUACGCACUGACGUAUGCAGAAUUGAAUGAUACACAUGUAAACACCUCAAUUAUUCCUGAAUAAAAUUCCUCAUACUAUCUUGAAGGGCUAAAUGAGCAGUAUUUUUAUAAGCAAAAUAUUUAGAAUAAAAAGUUGCUCUGAUCAAAGAAAGAGUGAAUUGUAUCAUAGUUUUUACCUUGUCUGGUUCCUCUGCAACCUGUCCAAAGGUGACUACACAUCUCCUGAUUUCCUGGAUAUCUUGUAGGGCCCACCCAGCUGAUAUUCUGAGGUGUUAAGACCUUGAGCAAAUGAGC